AUGUCUGUCCCCGCUACCCCUCCGGCUGUUCAUUUCUCUGCCUCCGAGUCUGCAUCUCGGUCCCCGCCAUCCCACUCCUCCGUCAUCAGCCCUUCCUCCCUGUACCAAACCACCCGCACUUUCCAUCUGCCCUUCUUGGAACCCCCCUCUUACCUUUCGCCUGCCGUGCGUGCUCUCAAACAAGGCUGCUUUGGACUAACACCUCCCAGAAAUGCUCGCACAAGGGCCCCCUUCAAGCCCCGCUCUGCCGCUAAGGGCACGAGCAGUUACCAGCUCCGACAGUUCGCUGAGGCUACCCUUGGAAGUGGUAGCUUGCGCAAGGCUGUGAAGUUGCCUGAGGGCGAGGAUCUCAAUGAAUGGCUUGCGGUUAAUAUUGUCGACUUUUACAACCAGAUCAACCUUCUUUAUGGCUCAAUAACUGAGUUCUGCUCGCCGCAGACUUGUCCUGAGAUGAAGGCGACUGAUGAGUUCGAGUACCUUUGGCAAGACUCGGAGAACUUCAAGCGGCCCACGAAGAUGUCGGCGCCGGAAUACAUCGAGCAUUUGAUGGCCUGGGUUCAGAGCAAUGUCGACAAUGAACAAAUGUUCCCCAGCCGAAUUGGCGUCCCAUUCCCCAAGACCUUCCCCAGUCUCCUCCGCCAAAUCUUCAAGCGUCUGUAUCGUGUCUACGCCCAUAUCUAUUGCCAUCAUUACCCGGUAGUAGUACACCUCGGCCUCGAACCCCAUCUCAACACCAGCUUCAAGCAUUACGUCCUGUUCAUCGAUGAGCAUAAAUUGGCCAGCGGAAAGGACUUCUGGGGACCACUGGGUGAUUUGGUGGACAGUAUGUUGCGCAGUGACUGA